GAAGCCUUUGAUAACUGCUUCAGUAAUGCUGUUGGAGUUUCCGAUUCAAGUAUCAUCCUUGACGGCUUCCUGAGGGCAUCAAGUCAUUAUCAAAGAAACGGUUACAUAGCCCUACCAUCGUAUGGACGUCUGAACGGUACCAGAGGCGAUGGAUGGUGCGCCGAAAAAAAUGAUGAUAAUCAGUGGCUUCAAGUCGAUCUCGGGAAAAUUAUUGAAGUUUGCGCUGUUGCAACCCAAGGAGACAUCAGUGGCAAUCAAAGGGUGAUAGACUUUAAACUAGCGCUGUCUAAAUCCUAUGAGGAAGUAUGGCCAACUUAUAAGGAUGCUAACGACUUAGAAGUGGUACGAUUUGCGCCAAAAUAUUGUUUUACCCCGGAAAAUUGAUCAUUUUAUGAUGGUGUCCAAUAAGAUCUUAAAGUACACGGUUUGAACCCAGGAUUAACUCUAAAUGAAUAUGAAAGCGAUAUUCGCAGUAAUGAAUGCUACUUUAGCAGUUGUCAAAAUAAGGCCCGAAAAAAUAAAAUUCAGGACGUUACGGGAUGACCUUUGCGAUACCGAUGCAAUGCGCUACCAACUGAGCAAACAACCGGGUUAGUUACGUUAGUUACAUUAAUAACGAUGAGAGCAUUUGAUAUUUUAACCCGCUCCUUGUCUACGACUAAGUUCGUCUUUGUCUUCAAUUUAGACAACAAACUACGUCGCCUAUCAUCGGUGUGUAGGUAACGGAAGUUGUUUGGCUGUAGGGUUCACGAGAGUCGCAGACCUACUUUAUUGUUCGGUUUAUGUACCAAACUUAUAGGAAUUGUUUUGCCGUUCGUCGUUAUACAAGCAGAUUGGGAGAGGGGUGUUUCGUCGAAAGAAGUCGUUUCGUAAUUUUUCUUGGAGUGAGACGAUUUUGUUUUCUUCUGAUAAACUGUCUGGUGUGUUACUUAUUAUUACAUGUUAGAAUCCUGAUAGUGGUAACUUUGUGAGAUGUCGGUCCCUUGUUCAGUUAGAGCGAUAAAUGUAUUGCCAACGUAACAUAAUCAAAACUGCAUCGUCUGUUAGUAGGUCGAAAGGAUACGAUCAUCAAUGUACUGCUUCUCAAUUUCGACAACAACAUGGGAAAAAUGGGGGUCCAUAGAUGUUCCAUAUAGCUGUCUGAAAUUUUUAUCGUCAUCAAAAUCGUUUUUUUAAGUAAAAAGGAUUUUCCAAAAUAUGUUACUUCAUCAAAUUUUCUCGUUUUGUUAGAAAUUUCGCAGGGAAGGUGGAUCCAACACAAUUAACCAACAUCCAUUGGAAGUUCCAGUUUAUGCGAGAUACAUUCGUUUUCUUCCAGUUACCUGGGAAGCUCUUAUCUGUCUCAGAGUUGAGGUUUAUGGAUCCGUUAGUAAGUUUGCUAUCUAUAAAUGAGCUUACAAUAAAGAAAAGGAUGGUAGAACUUUUUUUUUUUCCGGCCUAAUCAUGGUGGCAAUUAAUUACGCGUAAAAUGUGUGGAAACUUUAAACGUUAAAAGGUAAACGAAUCAGAUGUAAUUCAUAUGGUGUGGUGCCACUGGGGUUUGUGCCAAAAGGCUACGAUUUAUAUGUUUCUUUUGGUAACUGCUUCAAGAAGUGUUUUGAAAACUUAGCUGUUAUUUCCGGAGAAACUGAGUGAUAGAUGAGGGUAAAAAGUCAAAUUUAAUUAAAUGACUUUUGAGGUGGGGUUGUUCUUGAUGUGGAAAUUGAACUCGUAACUGAGGUCGUCGAGGAGAUUUUUCGAUUUUGCUUGCAAAUAAUUUAGAAACUUUCCAAGCUUCUCGUUAAGUUCAUUGCUGUUUUAUUCCUUGACCUUAUGACUCCUUUUUCUCUCAUAAACCGAACGCAAUAUCACACCUACUGGAAAGAGCUCUCCGUAUUCAAUGCUUUUUACAUUAGUUUUCAUUGAUUCGGUAAAAACUUGGUGUGUAUGAUGUCAAUAUGAUGUAAUGAAACAGAAUAAAACCGUGGAGUGUAAGUAUACUUGACAAACGAAAAAUUAGGGCAAGCUGUAAAUUGACUUGAAGUAGCUAUUGCAAUAAAAACAUGAUAUUUGUGUUUAAUACAAAACAUUAAUGCUACUCAGGGUGUGCAGAAGCUCUAGGGAUGGAGAGCAAGGCCAUCGCCGACAAUCAAAUUAGUGCCUCUUCUCAAUGGGAUCACAAUGAAGCUGCUCAUAAUGGUAGACUUCACUUUAAAGAAUCAGGUGACAAAGCAGGGGCUUGGGUGGCUCGCACAAAUGAUGAAAACCAGUGGCUCCAGAUAGAGCUGAUUAAUCCAAACGUUAAAAUAACAAAGGUUGCAACGCAAGGACGAAACAGUCAAAUUUUUUUGCACUGGGUAAUCAACUACAAUUUAGCUUACAGCAACGAUGGAGUAAAGUUCCACAUUUAUAGAGAACGUGGACAUAUGGAGGCGAAGGUUUGAUAAUUAUCUUAAGUAAUCUUCGUUAAUAGUCCAUCUGUAUUAACUGGGAUUAUAAAAAUAAAUACACUAUAAGAGGCAAACCACGCACUUCUCUAAGCGAUCAAUUCGAAAGUAUAAAAUUCAGCUUAAAUUAAGAGAAACCACUGCGUUGCUUCAUGGAAUAAGCACCAAAGUAUGUGCUGUUCAUUUCCCACAGCCUCCUUCUGUAGGGAAUAAAAUAAUUAAAGGAGUCUAAUUGAAAUUACAGUGGAAAAAUUAAACUCAUGAAUAAGAUAAUUAUAUCAAAAAGCAGAGCAGAGAAUUUUAGCUGCUUCGAUCUCCAUGAUUUAAAUCCGUGGAUAAUCUAGCAUUACAAGAGAUGUUUAAGGCUUGUUUUGGCCUUUCAGAAGGUGACAUUAGUCAGUAUACGAUGUAAAAGCAAACAUGUCCGCUCGAACGUCUAAAGGCGGUGAGGCUGGUUUGACGAUUCUUUAUUGAGUACCAUUUUCUGGAAACAACCGCGUUAAAAAUAGGAUUUUUCGUGCGAUCUGUACCUUUUUCAUUGUAUCAUGUGACAAAUCACGUGACUUGAUUCGGAAUCUCGCUCUUAGCACACUUUUAUCUUAACUGUCGUUCGGAAUAGAGUCUAAAGAACCUCCAAAAAGUGUUAGCUCUCAAUUUUAUAGGAGAAUUAAGUCUUUAAUGUUCUGUAGAUAUUUUCGUUUUUCAAAGACGGAAAGUAAUUUAAGUGAUGAUAACAAAAAUGUGUUGUUCACUUUAAGAAAUAAGGCAUGUUCUCUGAUAAAGACUGACAUUCAUGUCGCGUGGAUUAUGGCACUAACGGAUUCUUGUGGACUAUUUUAAAAUGGUGGAUUUAAAUUUGGCUUAGAUAGUUGAGACAACCCAAGGUCGACGAAUGCAGUGCAUGCAACAUAGGCAGUAAGUUUACGUUUCUCAGAGUGUUAAUUUCAUUCUAGAAUUUUGUUGGAAACACAGACAAAGACACUGUGGUGUACCAUGACCUCUUUCCACCAAUUAAAGCAAGAUAUAUCCGUUUCCGACCAACAGCUUGGCAUGGGUGGAUAACAAUGCUAGUAGAGCUGUACGGCUGUUUAGGUAAAGAUGAUUUGUUGAUAACGAGUAAUACGUUGAUUGACGUGUAAUUCGUAAUUCACUUAUCUUCUACUUGUGUUUCAUCAUUCCAUUCCUUUUCCAUUUUACGCCCAAUACAAAUGCCUCGGUUAGUCUUAAUUUCAUUCUGUCAGUUUUUUUUAAAAUUUAUUUAGUAAUGACUCCAAUAAUAUUAUUUUUCCCUUACGUUUAAAAGUUGAUUAACAUCUCCCGCUGGAAUAUGCUCUACCAUUAAGAUCUACUUCUUUUUGUCCCUUUAUAACUCAGUUUUGGCAAGGAAGGCAGUUGAAUAUAUUCUCUCAAUUAAAACUUUGUGUUUUUUAUCUGUAAAUUUAAAGAAUGUCAAGACCCUUUUGGUAUGGAAAACGGUGCCAUUUCUGACGGACAAAUUACUGCCUCUUCAGAACUGAAAUCAGCUCAUGCGGCGAAUAAGGCCAGACUAAAAGCUUUAGAGGGAACUUGGCUGCCUCUCACGAACAAUGCCGACCAAUGGCUUCAGAUUGAUUUGCUAGAAAACAAUAUCAUCGUAACGAGAAUUGCCACACAAGGACUGAACAACCCUAACAUGGCUAAAUGGGUUACUAGCUACAAUCUACAAUAUAGUGACGACGAAAUUAAUUUCCAUUAUUACAUAGAACAGGGGGAGACAGUAAAAAAGGUAUAUUAGAGUACUACGGGCUAAAUUAGUAUUAUCAACUGAGUUGAAAACGUAAAUUGGCCACCAUAAAGAGUUUCAAACCCGACGUUUCGAGCGUUGGCCCUUCGUAAGAGCAAAGGACCACCGCUCACUUCGCUAUGACGAAAUUACCCUCUUAUACCCUCCCACCGACGCAGCAUCACAGUUUCCUUAUAUUUUUGCCUUAAAAGAAGCUAGUAGUGUAAAAAAAAUCCAUAGAUUGCAUCAUAUAUACCAUGAAUUUGAAUUUUUUUCCUUUUAUUGUUUCAACUCAUGCAUAGUUCUGGAAAAUCUGUAUAAAACAUUCUGAAGUAUCAUUGAAACCUUUUGAAGUGGCCGGGGUGCGCGGUCAGUUAGAUAUGUCAUCGGAAGAAGGAAAAUUCUUUUCAUUUUGGUACCAAGUCUAUACCUCUCCAGACGAACAUCUUGCAUGAACAUUUUAUACUUUUACCACCUCGACGACUUUACUUUUGAAACUACCGUCCCACGCUGACCUAGAACUGCCAUAUCCUCUUUAGUUGCUUUUUACUUUAAAAUAUAAGUAACAAUUUUCAAAAAUUUAGUAAGAUUUAAUUAUCGUAACCUUCUCGAUUGAAGAUAUCAGCAAAUUCUUUUCCAUUUUUGUUUUUAUACAUUAAGGCUUUUGGUGGAAAUAAUGACAGGUAUGCAAUGGUUUACAACGACUUAAAUCCCUCCAUCAUGGGACGUUACGUCCGAUUUCGCCCAAUUAACUGGAACGAGGGAAUUGCCAUGAGGGUGGAGCUGUUCGGUUGUUCAGGUAAUUCUAACAGUUGGACAUAAAGUUUCAUGUUAAGUCGUCACAAAGCCGUAUCUCGUAUGAAACACACCCAAAAGUGACGUGAAAGCCCCAUAUGCAGUUGUAAUCUCCCAUUCCCCGAUGGAAAUUGUCCUUGCAACAUCCUGAGGCAGGAUGAUAAGUUCAAGACAUAGAUUCAUGGGUUCUCAUUCCCGCGGACCAAGGCACCAUUAGCUCCGACUAAGGAACAACUAUCAUCCAACAACAUGCUGGGAAAACCGAGACAGCUCAAGCUAGCCACUUGGCUCAUGAACCUUUUGGUCACAUCGCGUACGCUUUUCUGCUUUUAUAGAAAAAUUUUCCCGAAAAAAAAAGGAGCCUUAUACCAAGUAGAAAAACAUAUCCAAUACAAUCUAUGCGCGAAUUUGUCUAACAGCGUAUUAGUCCUGUUAGGAAACACACGCAUACGCACACUGAAAUGUACCAAGAAUUACGCUCUCUGUACUCUCUAGGACGUACGAUUCGACAGACUGACAAAAAAAAAUGAAAUAAGAUAGGAUAGGCAGGACAGACGCACACAGGUACUUACAUCAUCUGAUAUGAUUUUUGCAGAUGUGGAUGAAUGUCAAGAGCAGAAACACUAUUGUCACGACAUGGCACAUUGUAACAAUACUGUGGGCUCAUUCAAUUGCACUUGUCUUCAAGGAUUUACUGGAGACGGUUUUAUUUGUGUUGGUAUGAUAUUUGACUGACUCCACCUGCUCAAAUAUUUCUCGACUGAAACCGGGAAUACCCGGUUAUAAAGACAAGUGAUUUUCCGUAACCUUCAAACGGAAUGCACAAUUUAAGAUAGGAUUGUCUCAUUUUGUUGUUUAGGAUGCAUAAACGUCUUUUUCCUACUUGCCAAAGAGCUUUGGACGAUAAAAUUUUGUCCCAAGAAAAAAAAAGCUAUUUGAAAGAUCAUCAAGUCAAUAUUUCCUAAUAGGCUCGAAAAUAUGCUCGCAGAUAUUUUCUUGAAAAGUAUGUGUGUUCCCAAGCUCCCAGUUUUCACCGUGCUCGCUCUCGAAAACUGGUACCCUUCUCUGAACAGACGAUGUUCACAGUCAAAUAUUUGACAAUUUUUGAUAUGAAUAACUCUUCAAAGAUUCAUAUGCAGCUCAGCCCAAUCUUAUCCCUACAUGUAUGCUCACAUUUCCUGUGAUAUUAAUGCGUACCUUGGUAUCGUACCCAUUUUCUCAAAUAAAGUGAAUUAUAGAUCACUUUGAACCACGUAACCCUUUACAACUUGACGAGCAACAUUUAACUCCAGAUUUGGAUAGGGCAUGUGUUACGAUAUGUACAAUUUGAUUGACAGCUUAGCUUAUUUGGUUAUUGGCUUAAUUAAAAAUAGGCAGUGAUUUCACUGCUAGUAGUUGCGUGCCUCCUUCUUGUAGUAUAGAACAACACGAAACAGUAUGCUAUACAAUAUUUUCCAACUCCGACGAGAUCGUUCCAUCAAUGAUGGUUUAUUCUCAUGCAGAAAGAUAAUGCGUGCCAGUACAAAAAAUGGGUACCAAGAAUUCCUUGUUGGAUUUUCAAAAGACUCGGUAUUUUGCGAGUUUUGCUAAUGUUUUUUAGUUUUGAAAUUUAUUUAGGAAAUGGAAAAUUUCACUAAUCAUCACUGAGAAACGUAUGCCUCAACAAGUAAGCGCGUUGAAGAUUUGGAUGUUUGGUCUUGUUUCCUGUAUCAUUUUUGCCUCCUCGUUUCAAAAUAAAGUCAAUGUUUUCUUUGAGGUUAGAAACGAGGGCCAUUUUCCAAAUUGGAUCAAAACAACUUCUUGUUUCACUUCAUCUAAUGCAAGCUGUUAUUUACUUUUAUAAUGACCUCUAAAUCCAUAGAUAUAAACGAGUGUAAGGAAAAACUGGAUGACUGCGCUCCUGAGGCAAAUUGCUCUAAUGGAAAUGGAUCAUUUGUAUGUACAUGUUUACCUGGAUACUCUGGAAAUGGACGAUUUUGCAAUGGUAUGUAUAACAAGCUCAAUUCUUUGGCUCACCUUUACGAACUCUACCGCUGACAUUCUGAAGGAAUUGUUAGCUAAACGUUCUGGUGAACUUUGACAUUACGUCGAUGAAACUGUUAAAAAAAGACCUUAGAUACUCAUGCGACUGGAAAUGUUGAUAAGAAUUAAAAUAAUAACCUUGAUUAAAAGACAACAAUGAUAAUGGUGAUAAUAAUAACAAUACUAUUGACAGAAUACCUGUCCUUACAAUAUGGAAAUUUUCAAAAUGUAAUCUUACAGCUUUUGAUGUUUAUGAAUAAGAUCUGUUUCAUGACAUUCUUUAGAACAAUUUAAGAGUCACUUGAUAAUCAUCACUGUCAAUGACAAAACAUCAUUCAUGUCCCAUUCUUCUGGAUAUGAGCCAUGAGAAAAAUUAUGAGGUGUUUUUUUCUUUGUUUGUUUGUUUCUUGAGAUUAGGUUUGAGAGCUAUAUAGUCCUAAAUACGUAUUUCUUUUUUCUGUAGAUAUUAACGAAUGCAACACAAAUGUGCACAACUGCAACCCAUGGGCAGUUUGUAAUAACACAAUUGGAUCUUUCAAUUGCACAUGCUUCAAAGGAUAUGAAGGAAAUGGUAAAAGUUGUGUUUGUAGGAAAUAUUUUCCAGAGCAAUUCUUUCUUGUUGUCUGUUAUUUAUUGGGGCACUCAUCCUUGUAAUAGGACUGAAACACAUUUAUUAAAUUAUGUAGAUGUCGAUGAAUGUGCAACCUCAGCUCAUAACUGUCAUGGAGUUGCUCACUGCUUUAACAAUCGGGGAUCCUUCAGUUGUGAGUGCCGCAAAGACUACAUUGGAGAUGGAAUAGCAUGUGAGCCGAACGGUAAGAUUCAAUUUAAAUUUCAGCGAAACAAAACCGGGAAAAAACUAAUCAGUUCGUUAAGUUCUUUAAAUUUCUAUAAUCGAGCAAGGUAGUCUGAGUAGAAUUAUCAUAUUUAUUUCAAGGUUUGAUAAAAGUGAACCCAGCCUUAGAAUACUUUAUAACAGAAGCCCUGGUGUGAAACACCAGAAGAUAAUUGAGUUUGUUGUUAAAAGCAUGUUACAGAAAGCUUGUUUCUUUGAGGUUGAAAGCUACCUGCAGAUGUUUUUCCAAUAUAUUCUUAGGAGACUUCUCGGUGACCAUCAGAAAUAUUUCAAAAGACAAGUACCAUGCCACACCUGUAAGUCGUUCAGUCAAAAAGGUCCAGGAAGCCGUGAUACAGGGUCUAAAUGAAGACUUGACUGUACUGAAAAGCACUUUCGAAUGGAGCGUGGUUAGUGAGAUGGAGCUUGCUUCUUCCGAGUCAUCACUAGGUACUUUAGUUAGUCAAGGAACAACGGAGUGGACAAUAAACAGACGAUCCAUACCAGCAGGUAUCUACCAGGUCAAAUUCAAUGCUACAAUUACAGUUGGAGAUCAAGAAUCCUCACGGAUGCUCAAUGCUUUUGAUUAUGGUUUCAUCGAGGUUAUUGCAGCUCCAGUGCGAGCAAUCAUUGAUGGGGGAAGCAGUGUUCGAUGGGGAUCCAAAAACAUUGUGACUGUGGAUGGUUCCCUGAGUUACGAUGCUGAUGUUGGUCCUGGAAUACAUACUGGGCUCAACUUCACGUGGACCUGUCGGAAUCAAACUGGUGUGAGCAACACUUGUUUCGGUUCCUUUCAUGGUGAAGGAAACUUAAGCUCCACAAUAAUUAGAAUUGAUCCUGGUCGACUUGAAACCGAUAAGACUUACUUCCUACGACUUACCGUUUCCAAGGAUGUAAGAAGUUCAUUUGCUAAAAUGUCCUUUGCCAUAGCUGCUGGAGAGGUACCUCAGGUGACUCUCAGGUAUUUUUUUUCGAAUUAUGACAAACCAAUGUUCACAGGCCGAUUCUAAAGUACUUGGGAAAAUAUUUUGAUCUUCGAGAGAUUCGAGGAAGCAGACACUGGUAUUUACAUCGUUAUUGAAAGAUAAGAUUAGAAUCUUAAGAAUAAUUUCAACAAAUUGGAAGUAAGAACUUGAUUAGGUAUCUCAAGGUUUGGCCAACGUGCAGUGCAGCUAUUAAAGACCUGCUCCACUAGUGACGGGUAGGUAGUGAUUUCUAGGAGUCAAAUCGCCAUGCAACUGAAACACUUUUUUUAAGCGCGUGGGCAUAUUUGAAUUCAACUAUAAAUCAAUAAGUGCUAUUGAAGCUGCAACUGUUUUGAUAGUUCUCCUCACUGCUCCUUGCUUUUGUUUAUGUUUGUGUAUGUUCUUUUUUUGUUAUUAUUUUUGUUUUUCUUUUUGCUUUUAUAGUUUAUUUUUUUUCUUAGAUGCUUUGUGGAUUGCGGCGCAAUAGUGUCUGCAUCAAACAAGCUCCGGGUGACAUCAGAGUGUCUUAACACUCCUUGUCAUGGAUCCACUUAUGAAUGGCGCUUGUCCAAAUUGAAUGGUUCAAAAUGGGUAAACCUACCUAUUUUGCCCAAUAUGACUUCCACUGCUGUAAAUGCUACUAAUAUGAUCAUCAGAAAGAAUUCAUUACAAUCCAAAUCAAAAUACAAUCUAACAUUAUUCGUAAAAUCUUGGGAGGGGACAUACGGGUUUUCUAUGCUCCUCUUUGAAACUGCAGGAGAGCCGCACAGUGGUUACUGCACGCCGUCAGUCUCUGAGGGCGUUUCGCUAGAGACCGAGUUUACUUUCAAGUGCUUCGAUUGGCAGGAUGCAAGCUUACCACUCACUUAUGAAUUCGCCCAUGGAGAGGAGCUUAUAUCUUAUGGCACAUCACCCUCGUCUGUAUCGACAGUGUUACCGACUGGAUUACCGGACAAAGAUUAUCUGCUAGAAGUCACUAUUGUUAUCAAAAAUGCAGUUGGGGUAGCUGUUGAACAGAAAUUAUUUGUCAAGGUGCAGUGAUUGAUAUUACAAAGCAAGAAAAAUUCGGAACUCAACCAAAGAUUUCCAUGUUUUAAAAUUUUGAUCUAUAUAAACAGUAUGUUCUAGGUUUUUUCUGUACCUACUAACCCCUAGAGUUUUUCUUCCAAGAUCCUCCAUUAUCACGGCAUCGUUGCUAGGAUCCAUUUAAAAUCUGUAAUAUUAACUACAACGCCUAAGAAUUCUUACCCCUAAGAAUUCUUACCCCUAAGAAUUCUUACCCCUGGACACAAAUUUUCGAUUCUCCUCACAAAAGACUACAAUAAAACCUUUCCUCCGCAGGUAAAGCCAUCAUAUAGCCUUGAUCCGUGUGUUUCAUCACCCGAGCAAGUUGCAAACAAGUUAAAAAGUUUUGUAGUCAUGGAGGGUAAUAAGCUUGAUGGAUUUCUCAACAAAGGUGAACUUAGCCAAGCUGUUCAACUCGGUAUAUCUGUCAUAAAGUCUGCGAAUGAAAAAAGCGAAUGUGAAAAAGAACUGGACCCUCAAGACAAAGCUUUGGUACGUGAAAAAGAACUGCUUAAUUGUAAUAUGCAAGACUUAAACAUGUUUACAGUAAUUUCGUUUUCAUUAUCUGUAUUACUACACAAUUUUAUUGCGAUUUCUAUUUAUCUUGAGUGGUAGGUGAGCGUUGAAUAUCUUUAACACAAUUCUUUUUGUAGAUCUUCAGCACAUUAAUUACGAAGUUUACAGCCAUAACACCAGAGAAUCUUGAAAUGUCUCGCCUGGUUAUGUCAGUGGUGAGCUUAGCUAUGGGUGCUGAGGUUGAUGUCAACGAUAACAGCAAUAAUGAAAACCUGGUGCGCCCUAUAAAUAUAUUGAAUUUUUCCUCUUUUUCUAUACUUUUUGAUUGAAACAUAUUCGAUAAAUCAAUUUUGGCUUGUGCAUGGUAAUGGGAAACGAACUGAUCUCUGUUGCAAGUCCAUUAAAGUGAUAUUGAGUUUAAGCUAAUGCCUCCCUAAUAAUAGAUAAACUCGACGACUAACUGAGCAAUGCUCACUGUGUUUGAGCGAAAGAGUCUCUUACUUGCCCCUAAAGCACUCUGAUUACAAAAAAAUGAGAAAUUUUGACCUGAAGAUAACAACGAGAAAAGUAACGAUGUCAAACCUACAGGUAAACUUAAUUAAAGAACUUGCGUUUGACUUACGUUAGAAUCUCAGAAAAUGCCUUUUUUUUGUUUUUUUUCCCCGAACAUUGUGAUCCGUUUUCUUGCUAUUAAUAUUCCGAAGAGCAAGAUGAUUCGUUGAUAUUUUAUAUAUAUGUAUAUAUAUAUAUUUUUUUAAUCUUUAAUUUUUUAUUAUUUUUUUUUUUUUAACAGGAGUUGACAAUGCAAUUGACCGAGAGUACUUCAAAUAUGAUGAUCUCUACCCUUAACGAUCCAGAGGAGCCUUUUACACCGGUGUUGGAACUAACAGCUUCAAGUGUUACAGGCUGUCUUGCAAAUGUUCUGAAGUCUGCCGCAGGCUCGAGUCAAGAUAAAGCCGAGUCGGCAGCUACCACGCCAUCUCAAGAGGUACGGUUUGCAAACGCAGCUUCCACAAUAAAAAUGUAUUCCCCCACGUAUUCCCUUGCUGGAAUAAGUUUUUUGACGACAAUUUUUGAUGACUCGUUUUAUAGGGCUAUGAAGGAAAAUUAAGAGUCUAAGGAAAUCUAACAGUCAUUUUUCAAACACGAUGUGGCUUACAAUCUCUCUCUCUCCUUCCAGUUUGUAAAAAAGGCCUCCGAAAUACUGAGCAGCAUGAGUGAUGCAUUUCUUGGCCGUUUGGUGCCAUCAGAAGAUCUGGUCCUAAAAACUCCUAACUUAGCAAUAUCUCUGAAAAAGGUCACGGCCAAUGAUGCCAAAGGACUCAGCAUGGGAGAUGGGCCAAGUAAAUUCAAACUCCCCAGCAGCCUUGGAAAUAUAGGUAGUGGAGAGAUAAAUGUAAAGGUAUGAUGCCAUUCUUAUCUUCAUCUUUUAACGAAUAUGAGAAAAGACAAAGGUCAUUAGUAAUCGCUGAUAAUGACGUUAGGUUGUUCUUUAAGAAAUUCAACUGCAUGUAGUUUAUUCGCGCGAUAAAAUAUGAAAGCAAUCUGCAUUGAUCUUCUCUGAAUUCAGAAGACAUAAUUUCGUCAAUUCAAUUGACCGAACAACCAUAGCUGAAGUCAUCACAAGAGUCAGUUGCCAGAGUUGGAGAGUCAGACUCUAACAGACUGUGUCCUAUUUCAGAUGCAAGCUGUUGAUUUUAAUCCUUUUACAUGGGACAAUAGCAGCAAGAAAAUCAAAUCAAGCGUCACGAGCCUCGAGCUUAAAAGUAACAGUGCAGAAAAGCUAAAUGUGUCAAAUCUUGAUAGUGACAUCGAGAUCGUCAUUCCGAUUUCUAAUCCACCAAAGAACGCCAGCAACACAACACAACAUUAUUUCCUCAAGCCUGACCGCACAUCAUUCCGAAGUUAUUACGCAGACCUGGCCGACGUCCCUGUCUCUUUAAGCUUGGGUUUGGCCAUAACAGGAGUGCAAAUUGAAAUGCGGAUUAAAUUUGGACAGCGACCAACGAUGGUGGACUUCGACCACAACUUUACCUUUGCGUUUAAGUCUAAAUGUGACAACCAAACAGUUUUUGAUACAACCUGCUUUACCAAAGGUGGGUCUGUUAAAGUAACGCCUUCUAAGCCGGGUUUUCUCUACGUGGGCUUGUUGGUCAAAGGCUCUAAGAAUGAAAGUCAACAUUUAAGGCAAAGAAGAUCAUGUUUCGAUCAUCAUCGCGAAAGACGGUCAUGUGUCGGCGUUAAAGAUCCACCACCGAAAGGAGUCCCUAAAACUAUGGUUCCGCAAUAUGAUCCAAAUACAGACGUUAACUACACUUUAACCAUCAGCCAGUCAAGCUGUUUGUAUUGGUCAGAGAAAACAGAAAAAUGGACUGCGGAAGAUUGCAGGGUAAAGUAAAUAAAGCAAAAAUUUUCAACUCCUGAUAAACCUAUACAUUAGGUAGGUGAAGUCCUUCGUGUCUCAUUUUUGUCCACAACGAGGAAACCUACUAGCUCUGUAUUAAAAGUAUAUCAACUGGAAACAAGUUUUUGAUUCCAAACUUUCGGGAUUUUGUAGUCGAGGAGACGAUACUCCUUGAAAGGUGCGUCUUUUAGAGCUUAUGCCAAAACCUAGCCAUAUCCGAUAUCAGUUCCUUUUCUUGCGGACUGAGUUAAGGUUGGUAACUUAAGGGGAAAUCGAUUUACCAAAACUCUUUACGUUGAAUUUGGAUGAUAUCUUUGAGGACAUUUAUAUCCACAGGUCAGCCAAGAUUCAAACACCACGCAUCUGGUAUGCCUGUGCAAUCAUUUGACAUCUUUUGGUGGAAACUUCAUCCAAGCACCGAAUCCAAUUGACUUCGACAAAGUUUUUACUGAGUUUUUAAACCUUGCUGAAAGUGGCAAUAUUUCAGUACUUGUGACAAUUACUUGUUGUUUCCUUCUGUACUUCGUCGUAUUGAUCGUUGCAAGAAGAGCCGACAAGGGAGAUGAAGAAAAAGUAUGGUCAUGGCUGCUAGUACAUCUAAUUCAAUAUUUUUAUUCCUAAAUAGACUGAUUUUUUCUUUUUAAGCUACUAUUGAAAUAUAAAUCAAACGUGCUACGUUCUUACCGGUAGAUGUCAACCCUCAGGUGAGUAUUAGAGAUUAUUUUUAACACCAGAAUAUAUCCUUCUUUUCAGAUUUGCCCUCCUAGAUUGAUAUCAGUUGUUAAGGGAGGAACAUAUUACUACGAUAUGGUUAUAAGCACCGGAGUUUGGAAACAUUCAGCAACAACAGCUAACAUAAGCAUUAGUAUCAAGGGCGACAAGAACGAGCAGAGUCAAAUUCCAUUGCGAGAGAAAGGGGACACGAGCCAGUUUUUCGGACGAGGGAGUAUCAAUAGCUUUGUUCUGGUGGUGGCUGAAACCAUUGGCACAUUAAAAGAAAUUACUUUGGAACACGACAAUUUGGGUGAUAACCCGUCUUGGUUUGUGGAGACUGUGGUCAUUAAAGACCGGCAGACGGAAGAAAGCUGGGUGUUCCCCAUUAAUAGAUGGCUUGCGUUGGAGAAAGGCGACGGUCAAAUAGAGGUUACUGUGGACAGCGCUACUUACUCUGCCUUCUCGGCUCAGGUUCGUUCGCGCUUUGCUCGAAAAAUUGCCGACAGUCACCUGUGGAUGUCAGUGUUUGGAAAAGCAUGUAGCAGCACCUUCACACGUGUGCAAAGGGCUUCAUGUUGCCUUUCAGUUCUGUUUAGUGCAAUGAUAGCUAAUGCCAUGUUCUAUAACAUUGGUGGUGAAUCCGAUGGUACUAUACAGGUUGGGCCUUUUAAGUUUUCUUGGAGACAGAUAGUCAUCGGAGUACAAAGUGGCAUUAUCAUUGCACCUAUAAACAUAAUAAUUGCCUUCCUCUUUAAGUCUAGUAGACCGAGGAAGAAAAGGAGUGACACAUACCAAGUGACAGACGAGGCCCAACGACUUUUGGAUGAAAUAACGGACACUGGCUGUAUGCUUCCUCAUUUCUUUGUCUAUGUGGCCUGGUUUCUCUGCUUCUGUACGACAAUGGCAGCAGCAACGUUUACGCUGUUUUACAGUCUGAUGUGGGGAAAGGAAACCUCUGAGCAAUGGCUUGCUUCCAUCUUGAUUUCCAAUGGACAAGAUAUUUUCGUUAUGCAGCCCACGAAGGUUAUGAUAGCAGUCAUCGCUAUUUCCUUUCUCCUGAUCAGAAAGAAUAAGGACCAACGUGUAGAAAAAAAAGAGGAAAUCGCAAUCGAUCCAAUUUCAAUUAGAAUAGACUUUGUAGGUGAUGAUCCCAAACAGCGAUUUAAGAAAUAUCAGCGGGAAAAGAUGAGGGAGAGAUCAAAAAAAGAAGCUCAGUUAACAAGCAUGACAAGAGACAUUAUCCUUCAUCUGAUAUUUAUGUUUCUUCUGGCUAUCGUUUCUUAUGGCAACAAGAAUGGAAAUCGUUUCCUGAUGACAAAUGAGAUGAGAAAUCGGUUCACUAAGUUCAAUGUGGUAAGAUUAUCGUUUUAGCCAAAACACACUUUCAAGUUUAUAGUUAGAAGGCAUUUUUGUCAUUAUUGCCCUCUUGCAAGACAAUCCUAAAACCGUUGAAGAAUUGAAACGACCUUUAAAAGAAAAAUUAGAACCAAGGUGAACCCUUUAACUCUCAGAUCAAAUCUGUAAUCUCCUUACUGUCAACCAUACUAUUCUUAUAAAGUUAGUUCGGAGAAUUUAGUAUUAGAUCAACUUAGUAUCCCCAAAUUGAUAUUUUUCUUUAUUCUCUUUACUUAUCUGGCUGAUAUUGUAAGGAGAAAUUCUGUGUUGGUCACUCAUGGGAGUUAAAGGGUUAAAGCAUUGAUCCCUGUAGGUGAGCUGCAAUUAGAGAAAGAAGGCUCUAAGGCUUCGACAGGAUGUCAAUCUGUGCCUUCCACAUCCCAACUGAUCUACAAAGCCAUAUGUUGGAAAAUGGCUAAUUGUAGUUAGUUUUUCACUCCCGGUAAGGAAUCUGAACACUUUUGAUUAAAAAUACAUUUCAAUUUAAAAAAUAAAGUAUUUCAAUCAAAUGCAAGAACGAAUACAGUACUGUGAAAAAGUAAUGCAAACGAUUAUCGCGUUUAUCGCGCUUUAUUCUUCCGAUAUAUUGUUGAUUUUCUUGACACCUUUAGAACGAUAAAUCGACGAGAUAUCGGAACUUUCCUGCGAGAUCUCGUUCCAACGAUAUAUCGCUAAAACGAUAUAUCGUAGAGCGUGAGGAACAUCAUCACGAUAUAUCGCUUCAGCGAAAUAUCGUUUCAGCGAUUUAUUUUUACAGCGAUUUAACAAAACAACAUAAAAAUAAUUUGGUUGAAGAACAUAAUACAUUUCAUCUAAGUAACUCUGUGUGAGGGUUACUUUUUGUCCGGGUCUGAUAGGAGACGGAUCAGCUAUGUCCGAUCGAGACACUUCAGAAUACUGACUUCGGCUCCACUUUACUUGAACGAGUGUUUCUUCAAUGUUUUUUUUUUCAUUUUGGUUCUUUGUGCAAUGGUGGGAACUGUUUAUGUUAAAUGAAUUAGGUUUUCCCCUCUUCUAGAAAUUGAUGCCCGUAGAUGGAUCGAGAUUUUUAUCAGAUGACUGGUUCCUACUUGGUGUUUUGUUCUCCAUAACAAUAGAGGCGUAGGCUUCAUGAGAGCUUUUCAUAUUUAAAUUAACUACACGCGAAAGGAUGUGAAAAAGGUGUGAUAAAGCGACUUAAUUUUUUGAUAGAGUUAAUGGAACCGCGGGCUAAUUUCGGUCCUUGGAUUGUUAUGUGAGUCGGCGGGUAAUUUGAAAGUGCUAAAAUUCUUGUUUUUGAGUUUAAUGAAAUAUGCACACACGCUUUUGUUUUUGUAGCACGUGCAGAGAAUAAGUAAGGAAACAAGGAAUAUCAAUGCCCGAUUCUGUUAGCUCUUAAUUAACCAUAUUGUAUUUUUUGGAAGAGCGAGGUUCAACUAAAACAAAGUUUUUGUCUCAGUUUUGGUCUCGUGCGCGCAAAAAAGGUAAACGUAUUGAUGAUAUGACCUACACAUGAGUAGCCUAUUCUUUAAUGUUUAAGAGAGCGGUUCAUAAAAGUGCCAAUAUUCUUGUUUGUCUGUUUGUUAAAUUGAUCAACAAUCAUAAGUUUUUGUAAGCAUAAAAUAAUAGGGUACAUAGAAGGCAACUUUCACGGUGUAAGUCGUGCAAAGACUGUUUCACUAAUAAGAUAUCAAGAUUAUUGUUUUUUUUUAAGUGUAAAAAAGGCAUGUAGUUACAGUUUUAGUCGUUUUAAUAACCACUGUUAAUUUUUUAUUGGUCAAUGACUUUUGUGAAAUUUGUGGCUCCUAAAGGAGCCAUUUUGUUUUGAGUUGUGAAAUCGAUCUUUAAAAUUGCGUUGCUGCUCCUUUUGCCUCCACUACCGCUGGGACGACUUUCUUGAGCACAUGGUCGAUGUACUUAGUGCAUUUCUCUUCCGUCACCCUCUCAGCCCAAAACGCCUUUAUUCCGUCAACCAGGUCUUGUUUGUUUUGCGGCUUCACUUUCGAUUCUAAGUAAAAUUUCAGUUCGUGCCCUAAGUUCUCGAUGGGAUCUAAAUCCGGACUCUCUAGGGGAGUACGCCACCAGUUUAUAUCAUUCUCCUCGAAGAAGGCCCUCGCUCGUCUUGACGUAUGUUUGGGAUCAUUAUCCUGCAUAAAUUUGUGGUCUGGCAGCGUCUGAUUGAUGAAUGGUCUCCAGAAUACGGCAGUGCAGUUCUAAAUCCAUUUUACCAUCGAAUAUGCAGUUAGUAGCUCCCUUUCCGCUGAUUUCUGCCCAUACGUGUAAUUUAAGUGGAUGUUUAGGUUUCGAUGUUCUUUUCAAUGGCUCGUCGACCUUUCGGUAACAUGUACGUCUGUAUUGUUCCAGGGAGACUGAGCAUUCAUCAGAGAAUGCAACAUUAUGGAAUUUAUCACCGGAAUCCAGGAUUUGUUGUGCAUACUCUAGUCUUUUUACCUUAUUAGCUACUCUUAUCAGUUGACAGUAGUGGGUGCGCUGCAGUGUCUCUCCCUGUUUGGCUCGCGAUCUUUGCACAGUUGAGGAGUUCACAACGAUUGCACGCUUGGCCAGUUGUUUUUGAAUCUGAAUGCUUGUUGCCUCGUCUUUUGUACGCAUUUGCUUUUUAAUAAGAGCUUUAGCAUCUGCUGGAAGCUUUGUCGGCCUUCCUGAUCGAAGGCGGUUUUCAGUGGAUCCAGUUUUCUGUAUUUUGUUGAUGAUCCUGGUGACACUUGCUAGGCUUCCUUGUAGAUUUUCGCUUCUCAAGGCUUUCAAUAUUUGUACGGGAUAAAAUACUUCCUUAUGGUGACAAGCAAUUCUUUUUCUCGUAGAUAAAGUAACCAUCGCUUAUGGUUAGGGUUAGGGUUAGGUUACGCUAAAACUGACUGUCAACGGUAGUGUCCCGCAGGUACAUUAUAUGCAAAUACAGGUUGGUUUCCAUGGGGAUGCAAUAACACAUCGCAACGCGUUAAAAAAAAGUAAGCUUUGCACCCUCCCUGAGUACCGUUUUCACGAGCUGUCUUUUUCUCGCUCUCGCUAUUCUCGUUUGUUCGAUAGUAUCAUAAUAAAUAUAGUAUUUCUUAUAAUUUGUUCUAUUUUGUGUAGUAGCGAACUUGCUUAACUGAUGUGCAGCGAACGUGUGGCAAACUUCGACCAUAGCCGACUCUGUAUGUAGCGAAACUGGCUUAUAUUCAUUAUACUGCCCUUUUCACGCUGAUGAAACAGACUUCGAAAAGAAUGAUACACUAGAUUUACUUUCCUACCCACUCAGACAGUAUCAGUCUGAUGAAAAAUUCGCCGAGCGGCGCAAUGUUGCCUCACCGAUCUAACACUUAGCCACUGCGAUAUCCUACCGACGCAAACCAUAUAUCGCUAUGCUGCAAUGAUAUGUCGCUUAGUUUAAACGAGAUAUCGUUAGGUGGCAGCGACAUAUCGCUGAGCUCAAAGGAUAUAUCGCUAAGGGAAACGAUAAUUCGUGAGGAGCUCAACGAUAUAUCGGCAAUAUCCCGCAGUUGUUAGAACAAUAGCCCUGCGAUAGAUCGCCGAUAUCUCGCGAUUAUCGCGAUAAACAACGAUAAUCGUUUGCAUUACUUUUGCACAGUACUGUAUUAGGAUCCGCCUUUUUUUUUUUCUUAAACUAUUGUUUUUUUUUCAAUUUAAAUAUAUCAUCCUCAUCAGAUAACAAUGUCAACAGCUUUCAGAGUAAUUUUUUUUAUUUUAGGUAUCUGAUGCACAAAGAUUUGAAGCAUGGUUAAGGAACGAAUUUCUAUCGAACAUUUAUAAUCAGGUUUGGUAUAAAGGACUUAAAGAGAAAAACGACGUGUACAUCGAAAACAAAAUGUCCAUACUGGUUGGAAUGCCCUGGUUGCGACAGCUCAGAGUUAAAAGAGGUACUCAAUUGAGAUUGAUCUAUUUUCUUUUUUUCUCUUUUUUUAAUGCACAGAAUAAGUUUCGAAGGCUCUUGUUGCAAAGUGCAUAGACCAAUGAAACUCAAAUUAUAGGAAAUGUAUAGAACGCCCUAUUUUGAACUAAUGCGGCAUACCCACUUCUACUAAGCGUAUUUUCUUCUUAUUAAAGUCAGUUUUCACCUUUGAUGAUCAUACUGUUGCUCACUUCCAGGUGUGCUGAAAAUUAAUCGAACAAAAUCUUCCUAUUUACACACCUUGGAAAUCACUGGAUUUUUCAAUAGGACAUUGAUUUUGAGUUAUAAAUCUUAAAGAAUCAGUUUGUGUAUUUUCUUUUCACCGUAACGUCAUUAAUAGAAGCUUAAGGUUUUAAGUUCUGACUUUGUAUUUUUCCUUCAAGGUUCCUGCGAAUCCCCUCCUAAAAUCAUUUCAACUUGCUACUACGAAUAUUCCUCAGACAGUCAGGACACUACUCUCCUAAGCCUUCCCGGCUGGAAGCCUCUUCCCUUCAACACAUCGUGGCCAAAUGCUUUAGAAAUGUGCCCGAAACCUUGGCGAUACCAAUCAGCAGCAGAACUUUGCAACCAUCCUAUCCAGGCCGCAUAUAAUUCAUAUGAAGGGGGUGGUUAUGCAGCUGUCAUGGGAUAUGACGAAACCACUGCACAAGGUGUCCUCGACGAAACUAUCGGCCACGGUUGGCUUGAUCGCCAGACUCGAGCUGUAAUUCUAGAGUUUGCUGUUUUCAACGUCAAUACAAACUUGAUUAGCGUCGCCACAUACUUUUACGAGGCCAUAGCUACUGGUGCAGCCUACACUACAAGUAGAAUUGAAACACUCGAGUUGUACAGCACUGAGUCAGGAGCUCUGAUGUUUUUCUUAAUUGGCCAGUUUCUGUUCAUGGCAAUGGUUCUCUUUUACUUCAUAGUUAUGUUAGUUCACCUUUAUCGACAACGCUUUGGGUUCUUCAAGUCUGUUUGGAACAUUGUGGAUUUCUCCUUGAUAAUUUUCUCUGUAGCAUCUGUAGCAUUCUACAUGAUCAGAGCUAAAAGCGUUUUGAACACUAUCAAAUCUAUUCAAUCAAAUCCAUAUGAAGUCAUGCAUUUCCACACAGCCUUGGAUUGGCUUACCCUGGAAAAUGCAUCUAUUGCUGUUGCUGUUUUCAUGGUGACAGUCAAGCUUCUAAAUCUAAUUCGUUUUAAUCCACAUGUGAUAUACCUGUUUUCAUCUUUUCGGCAGUCUGUGGGCUAUCAGCUCUCGUAUGUGUUCUUCUUUCUGAUCGUGUUUAAUGCAUUUGUCGUAACAGGUAUGCAGUUAUUUGGUGGUAUAGUCCUUGAAUAUUCUAGUUAUCUUAAUGCCGUAAUGUCUCAAUUCGAAUUCCUGUUAGGAAAAGCGGUUCCGUUACAAGCUCUGCGGAGUGACAAACCCUUUAUGGGUCCUACUUUUGUAUUUUUGUUCUGUCUAUCCACUACUAUUUUCCUAAUGAAUAUGUUAGUUUCUAUACUCAAUGAGUCCUAUGGUGACGCCAAAGCAAACGCCGAGGAAAGCGCAGAAGAGCUUAAAAUGGCGCGCUUCAUUGAAGAACGUGCAAUGGAAAUGUUUCAUGAAGGGAGCAGUCGGACGGAAUUUAGGUUAUUUUGUGAUGAGACAACUUUUGUUAACAUGUGCCUUUUUGAAGCAGAGCCCUUCUGUUUGAAUUCUGAAGCUAUUAUCCGGAGCACAGAGCUACGAAUGGAAAACGUGGAGAAAAGAUUGUUUGCGAUCACUAAACGAACAGAGAGCAUGAAAGGUGAUCUCUUACAGGAGGAAAAUGACUUUAUGGAUCUCCUGCACACAAUAGCAAAUUCGUUUGAACACGUUUCAGACAGACAAUCGGAGGUUAAUCCCUGA